ACAUCACUUCUAUAAGUUGCAUGAGCUGUAGAACGCAUUUGAUACUGUACACACAGAACGUCGUCUUGGUGACUGUAUUGCGGAAAUGUACAAGCAAGCAGCAAGAUCCAUUCUAGGCAGUGGACGCAACCAAUCUGCGAGGACGCUAUUGCAAAGAUGUGAUGCAGUGCGAAUAGCUCCUGCGACCACGAUGACGGCGACGAGUAGGGGAACGAUCUUCCGAACUUUCAUGGAGUCGGCUUCGGACUGGCCCUUGGCGAGUGAGAAGCAGCUGGAGGAAUCACAACAGCAGCAAAAAUACCAGUCGGGCCAGAUAUACCACCGGCACAACAACCCUGCGAUUUCGGAGCAGUAUUCUAGGCCACCUCAGCGGCAGAAGCAGAAAGUCCGACAUGAUGGGCCAUUAUAUAACAGACAUCAGGCACCGCUGUCUUCUUCGCCCUCUGCCUCCUCGAAUCCAGGUCCUGAACCAAAUCCCUCUUCCAAAACAACGGCCGUCGCCUCAACAAUGUCGUCCGGUACGGCCAAGAAGUAUCCCAACGCGUCGGAAAUCCAUGCCUUAUUCUUCAAUCUCAGUACCCAACCAGAGGCGUUCUUUGAACGCGUAGCGCAUGAUGUCGACUGGACUGUCAUGGGAACGCAUCCCCUCGCUGGCAGGUACAAUUCACUUUCUGACUUCCAAGCCGCGACCUUUGCGCGUUUAGGCAAAAUAAUGAAGGCCCCUGGGAUAAGACUAAAGCCGAGGAAUGUGAUUGGUGGCGGGGAUCAGGGGUGGUGUACAGUCGAAUUGGUCGUCAAUGGAGUCUGCGAGAACGGUCUCGCAUUUGAUAACUGUUACGCGUGGUGCUGUCGAUUUGAUGAGAGCGGGGUGAUCGUGGAGGUGAGGGCUUAUUUGGAUAGUUGGCUGGUGAGGGAGGCUAUCGUGCAGAACGAGGUACCGAGCCAGAGAGCAGAAGUCCCACGGGUUGAUGCGCUGUGAGAGCACCUGCGCCUCCACACUCAAGUUAGGAGGAUUUCAUAGCCGUCUUUCGGAAUUCGGACUGGUUCUUCAUCGAAGCCCCACUUUCUGCGUAUCACUUCGAAGACAAUAAGGCCAGCAGCUGUCGAUGGUGUCUGUCUUAUGGUAUUCGAUAUGAAGUGCCGAAACAACCAUUGACGAAGCCCACCGUCCCUACGUGCCAAUGCCAAGACGUGCCGCAUCGUCUUGCGGUAGGCGG